UCGCUGUUUUAGAGGUGCUGGUGGUUCGUGUAUGGGUGUGUGCAGGUGUGUAUUAGGUGUAUAAGGUGUGUGAGUGCGUACAGUGCCACAUAGAGCCUUACAGUGCCAGACCAGGGGAGUUAAACAAAUCUGGCAUCUUCCUAGCUGACGUCAUGGCGCGCGCAGCUACUCGGUUCAUUUCAGUGAUCGAAAAGUAAUAGGGAAUCUUGUCUCCCAGCCUGCAGCCUGCCCUAGCCUGACCCGCCAGACAUGUGCCCCAGGCCUUCCCCUAGCCUGUAGAGCCAUGUAAGCCUGCAGGUCAAGGUCAGGUCAAACGCAACAGGCCGUAACGUGAAAAAUGAAGAGAUUUAGGAAGACUGUGUUUGAUGGGCUCAGGUCCUCCGUGCACCCCACCAACAAGCAAGAGGUUGAGGAAAUACAAAUUUUUGAGACUCUGCAAGCUGAUGCCUUCCAGAUCGCGAAGGCAUCUUCAUCUUGCCCAAGGGAGUGCCGAGGGAGACAGGCAGCGUGGGCAUGUCGCUGGUGGGAUGGGUGAUGUGUGGCCUCAUGUCGCUGGUGGGAUGGGUGAUGUGUGGCCUCAUGUCGCUGGUGGGCGCGCUAUGCUAUUUAGAGCUGGGCACAUCCAUACCAAAAUCAUGCGGAGACUGUGCGUACAUUAAUGCUGGCUUUGGCUCCCUCCCUGCCUUCCUUUUCCUCUGGGCUGCUAACCUCACCUUUGUGCCCACCACCAAUCCCAUCAUGCCGCUGGCCUUUGCAAAGUAUGUGAUUCAACCGUUCUUCCCCAACUGUGACCUGCCAGAUGAUGCUGUGUGGCUCAUUCCAGCACUGUCCGUUUGUGACUGGAAUGUACGAGUCACCACCAAGCUGCAGGAUUUCUUCACGGUGACCAAGAUUGAUGCAUUGCCCAUUGUCAUCAUUGCUGGCAUCGUACACCUUUGCAUGGGCAACACUGGGAACUUCCACAACUUCCAGGGCACCAGCACUGAGCCAGGCAAGAUAGCUGUCUCCUUCUACUCAGGCAUAUCUUCCUAUACUGGAUGGAACUACCUCAACUUCAUGAUGGAGGAACUGAAGAACCCAUUUGUUAACCUGCCCCGGGCCAUCUACAUCUCCCUGCCACUGGUGACGCUGGUGUAUGCGAUGGCCAAUGUUGCCUGCCUGGCUGUGCUCUCCCCUGACAUGGUGGCCUCUGAUGCCAUUGCUGUUACCUUUGCUGACCAUCUAAUGGGCAGUGGCAGUGGCGGCUGGGUCAUGCCCUUGCUGGUGGGUCUCUCAGUGCACAUCAUGACUUCCUCCAGGCUGUGCUUUGUGGGUGCAAGACAAGGCCACUUCCCGGACAACCUUGCUCUCGUCAACUGCAAAUGCAACACUCCACUCCUCUCCUUCCUCUUCCAGGGCCUGUUGUCACUGGUCCGCCUCUCCACCACGGACAUCUACCGCCUCAUUGACUACUCCAGCUUUGUAGAGAGUUCAUUCAUCCUGUGCAGUAUCGCCAGUCUGCUGUACAUGUGCUGCAAAUACCCUGAUGAGCGGCCCAUCAAGGUGAACAUCAUCGUUCCCAUCGCCUUCCUGCUGGUGCGUGGCUUCCUGGUGUUUGUGCCGCUGUAUGUGCGGCCAUACGAGGUGGGCAAGGGCCUGCUCAUCACUGGCUCUGGGGUGCCUGCCUACUUCCUCUUUGUGUACUGGCAGAAUAAGCCAAAAAUGAUCAGAACAGCACUUGCAUCACCUGACCUGGCGUCCACACAUCCAAAACUGACAUCGUCCUGUGUCCUUCCAACAGAGCAACUCACUGUUUGGACACAGUUGCUCUUCGUAUCUGAAAACUGAGUGAGGAGUGACUGACUGCACCUCCUCUACCAUUACUACCAUCACUGCUGCUGCUACUACUGCUGCUGCCCUACCACAGCUGCCAAGAAAUGCACUUGUGUGUGUGUGUGUGUUAUCAUAUCAUACAGCCUUCACGUAUUUUAUCCACUUGGUUAUGGUUCUGUGCAUCAUGGCAAAUCACACUGCUGGUUGACAAUGGAUAUCUGAAAUGUUCCCUACUUUAAUCCCCUCUGAACUGCUGUUACUGCUGCUGCUGCUGGAUCCUUGGUGACCUGUUUGUAUUUUUGCUCAAGGGGCUUGUGUGUGUGUGUGUGUGUGUGUGUGUGUGUGUGUGUGUGUGUGUGUGUGUGUGUGUGUGUGUGUGUGUGUGUGUGUGUGUGUGUGUGUGUGUGUGUGUGUGUGUGUGUGUGUGUGUGUACUGAUGGACCUUGGGGGGGCAGCUGGGUGGUGUGAAGUGUGUUGUCAGUGGUGACAACAUGCACACACACACACACACAUGUGGCAAAAGCAACACAGCAGCUUGGAUAUGCUCUUUGUAAUCUGUGAUGCUUUUCAGAAGGGGAAUAUUGAAGGCUUUAUACAUUAUUUAUUAGUUAUUGUAUUUUGGUCAUAGGGUGAUUUUGCACCACUUUAGCUUAUAAUUUGAAAUUGGCUCUGAACCCAAGAAAUACUUGAAGGUGCAAUUUUCAGAUAAAUUGAGUAGUAUUCCAAUUGUACAUAGAGAUAACAGUAAGUAAGUGAGAGUAUUACACAUCCAUUUUAGGUAUUUUGAUUUUUAGGUUUUCACCAAGAGGGUUGUUAGUCCUGGUCUUUGCUUACUGCCUGUCUGGACCUCACAGUGGUGAUGGGAAGCCUCAAGCGUGUGACUCUCUGGCAGCUGUGUGGCCCAUUCUGGAUGAGUAUGUGCUGGAUAGAUGUUAACUGGCACCACAUCUUAUUUGUUGGCAGAUCCAGAUGUUGGGAGUACCACAGUUGCUGAGACAAUGAGGCAGUCCUGUUAGGGGAGUUUAGUGACUGAACACUGAAGGUUGACCAAACUCCUCUUGGGCUACAGCUAUCAUUGUACUCGUAGCUCAAUGUGUAAAGAGUUGUGUACCUUGAAUGUUUUGAUGGGAGUCCUAGUUGUUAUCACAGUCAAAAAUGUUUUAUUGUCUCACACUUUUUCCCAUUGUCUUUAACAUUUCCCCUUAGUAUUAAGUCCAUUAAUCCACAGACUCUCCUCACAAAUAUAACAGGUGACAUGCUAAGGAGGUGACAGGACUUCAGAUUGAGGGAAAUGCUAAACACUGGGAGUGAGUGUGGCAAAUUACAUGACCUCUGACCAGACUAGACCAACAGGAUGAAUGAACAUGGCCUAACUCCAGGCUGUGCUGUGUGGAGGCAGUCCUGGGGUGAGGUGACAGCUGGUGUGACACUCAUAGUCACUGGAGCAGCCAAGAAGCCUCACGACAAUUAUAAAAUGAUUAGCUUUGGCACAAGCCUUUGUUAUCAGCUAGGCUUGCCUCCUUCACAAUGCUCCUGUCUUCCCCUCUGGUGGUCAGCCACUGCCUGCACCUCUGCCUUGUACAUCUUUUCAUCUCUACAUGGGACAAAUUAGGGGUGUGUGUGUGUGUGUGUGUGUGUGUGUGUGUGUGUGUGUGUGUGUGUGUGUGUGUGUGUGUGUGUGUGUGUGUGUGUGUGUGUGUGUGUUUCAUAAUUUAUCUUAUUUUUUUUUUCUGGGCAUUUAUGGUGCUGAAAGACAAGAAAAUUCAUGCAUACUUUAUGAUCACUCAUUAUUAAUCUUUUUAUUUUAUUAUCCUUUUCAUUAUCAUCAAGACCAUGCUGGGCUUUAAUUAAUGUGUGUGUGUGUGUGUGUGUAAGUAAGUAAGUAAGUAAGUAAGUAAGUAAGUAAGUAAGUAAAGUAAGUAAGUAAGUAAGCUGUAUUGUCACAUUGAAUUACAUACAACAUGAAAAUCUUGGCUUGCUCAGUAGCUCAUCCACAUAAUCUAAUAUAAUAUACUAAAAAUAAUACAUCAUUAAAAAUACACACUCACACACACAUAAAACAAAAGUUAGCGGGAAGCAAAGGAAUUGAAAAGAUCUAGACUCUUAGGAAUAAAGGUAUUUUUAAAUCUAGUAGUUUGCAGCUUUGGGAGGGCAAGUCUUUUACCAGAUCUCAGGAACUUGUAUUGGCAGUGCAGUGGAUGCUGGACAUCAUUCAUCAUUUUAUUUAGUUGUUUUAUCACCAUCAUAAUAUAUAUAUCAUCUAGGGAAUCAGUUCUAGCUUUAGGUUUACCAGUGUUCUUUAUAAUUCUUUUGAGUUUAUUUCUGUCUACAUGUUAAGGAUUCAUACCAUACUGUAAUAGCAAAGCUCAAAAUGGAUUUAAUUACUGAUUUAUAAAAUAGUGAUAAUAUUGAUUGAUCUAUAUGCAUGUUUUUCAAUAUUCUUAGAAAAUGAAUUCUCUGUUUACAUUUUUUUGUAUAAUUUAGUUGUAUUUGAAGAUCCUGUUAAUUUGUCAUCAAUUAUUACGCCAAGAUAUUUAUAUUCAUGUACUCUUUCAACUUGCUCAUUGGCUAUGACUAGUGGAUCUGGAAUUUUGUUAAUUAUACGGAAAUCAAUUAUCAUUUCUUUUGUUUUCUUUACAUUUAUAUUUAAAAAGUUAUUAUUGCACCAUGUAACAAAGUCAACUUGCUUCAGGAACUCUCGUGAAUCAUCAUUUCUGAUUUUUCCCACUAUUGCCGAGUCAUCUGCAUAUUUAAUUAUAGAACAACUUUUAUAUUUACUUCUGCAGUCAUUUGUGUACAAUACAAAAAGUAGUGGAGCCAGAACACAACCUUGGGGUGCCCCUGUAUUUGUUAUAGCAAUGUCUGAUUUAACAUUUUUAAGUUUUGUAUAUUGUGAACGCAUUGUUAGGUAACUAUGUAUCCGUUUGAUGAGUUUUCUGUUUACAUUUAAUGCUAGUAACUUUUGUAACAAUAUGUGGGGUUGGAUGGUGUUAAAAGCGCUACUAAAAUCUAUAAAAAGAAUGCGAACCUGUGUAUUUCGAUUCUCUAAGUGUUCAUGGAUAGGGUGAAGUAACGUUAAUAUAGCAUCUUGAACACAUCUGUUUUCACAAUAAGCAAAUUGAAAGUUAUCUCGCUCUGAGUCUAAAUAUUUACAGAGAUGUGGUUUUACAAUGUGCUCCAAACAUUUCAUAAGAACUGGGGUUAGUGCAACAGGUCUUAAAUCAUUUAGCUCUUUUGGGUUGUUGAUUUUAGACACUGGAAUAACUUCAGAUUUCUUCCACACAUCUAGAAUUACGGACUGAUGAAGUGAAGCUUGGUAAAGUUUACAAAGUGGACUAACAAGUUGUUCUGCACAGUUUUUCAAUAACCUUGAGCCUCUACCAUCUGGACCACCAGCUUUACCACACUUAAUUCGUUUCAAAGAGCGUGUUGUAUCUUCUUCUGUGACAGUUAUAUAGUCUGACUCAAUACAAGGAGUGUUUCAUACAGGGACUGCCACGUGUAAGCCUGGUCGCUUCUUGCAGCUUCCCUUAUUUCUUAUGUUCUUAUGUAAUACUAUUUGCAAGUGACAUAAUAUUGUUACAUUCUUCAUUAAAAUCAUGGAUAUCAAAUCUAGAGUAAAAAGGAUUUAAUUCAUUUACAUAUUCUUGAGGAUUUGACAGGUCUAUUCUGUUUUCUCUUCUUAGAACCACACAACAUUUUCACACCAUUCCAGGCAUCUUUUGGUUUGUUAGAUUUAAAAUUAUUUUCUAUUUUAAUUUUAUACGCAUAUUUGGCAUCUUUUAUUUCCCUUUUUAGUUGUCUUUGAAUAUCUGCACCUCUAUUUCUAUCACCAAUUGCAAAAACUCUUUUCUUUUCUUUAAUAGUUUUACACUGGAGUUAAUCCACGGUUUGCUAUUUGGAUAUAUAUUUACUUCCUUGAUUGGUGUUAUCAUUUCAGUACAAAAAUUUACAUAGGAAUUGAAUACGUCUAAGUUAUAAUUAAUACUUUCUGUAUCCGAGAAUAAUACAUCCCAGUCUGUACAUUUGAAACACCCCUGAAGAAUGAUCUUUUCGUUAUUUUUCCAGUUUUGCACACUAAUUUUCUCGUAUUUUUCACAUUUAAGUUUUUGCGAGUAUGAUGGCGAGAGGAACACCAUAUUGUGGUCAGAAUCACCUAGUUUUGGUUUCUGAUAGGCACGAUAUCCAUUCCUAAUGUUACAGAACAUUUUGUCUAGUGUUGCAUUUCCUCUUGUGGGACACGUCACUGUUUGUUGAUAUGUGGGCACACUUGACAAUGAUUGAAGUCACCUAGAACUAUGAUAACUCCUUCAGGAUUAUUAUUUUCGUAUUUUUGUACACAAUUUUGUAACUUCUCACUUGCAACCGAUGCAUAUGGCGGAAUAUACACUGUUAUAACUAUCACGUUGUUGAAUUCGCGAGGAAGAUAGAAUGGCCGACAUGUUAUUACUAAAAAUUCAAGGUCUUCACAAUAAAAACGUUCCUUCACGUUCACUUGUGUACACCAUCUAUCGUUCACGUAUACAGCGACUCCACCUCCUUUCUGCUUCACUGUGUCCUUCCUGUCUGCUCUCACUAAUGAAAAUCCAUCUAUGUUUACUGUUUCAUCUACAUCUUUAUCUUGAAGCCAUGUCUCCGUUAGUGAUAUGAAACCGCUUUCUCUGAAGUCCCUUAGAUAUUUGCAGUUUGCAGAAAAUUCGUCUAUUUUGUUCCUUAUUGACCGAACAUUUCCGAACAUGACAGUAGGUAGCGGCGUCUUAGUGCCUCUCCUUCUCAAUCUUGCUGGGAUUCCAUCCUUCUUACCUCUUCUCCGUUUGUUUUUCUUCACGUCUGAAUUUUCCUGGAUGGCGUUUUGGCCGUUGAUUAAUUCAUUUAGCCACUUGACGGCGUCUAAAGUUGCUGGCGGCAGUGUUUGCUUGCAGGCGUUGGUCCAGCAGUUGUUGGCGGUCGUACGUGUUUACAUGAUCAGCUGUGUGUGUGUGUGUGUGUGUGUAAUAAUUAUAGAUAUGUAGUUGUAUUCAUGUCCGGUGGCAAAUCAGAUAUAUUUUGCUUAUUGGUGAGAGAGAGAGAGAGAGAGAGAGAGAGAGAGAGAGAGAGAGAGAGAGAGAGAGAGAGUAGUUUUGGCCCAACAGUGGGUAAUAAUAAUGUGUAAAGCAUAUUUUUCUAGGAGCAAAUGAGGCAGUGUGUCCGCCAGGCAUCAAUGUCACUUCAUUGUUACCAUGUUUCUAAGAAUGAAAUAAAUGUGCCUUUUUUUGCA